GCCAUCCGGGAUUUCGUCAACGUCAAAUCCUCACUUCCCAAAUCCCGCUUUUCGCAAAGAGCAACACAACAAAACGAACACACCCGGCCGCCCCCACGACCGUCAGAAAACUCUCCCCUCCCCCGAAACCACCCAAUUGACCUCAUCGCAAUGUUGUCACGAACUGCCUUUGGUGUCGCGCGUCGCGCCGCCGUCUCGGGCGUUGUGCGCCGAAGCUUUGUGACCUCGGUUGCUCGCCGCUCCAACGAAAGCGAAUCGAAGGCACCGACUCCCAAGGUCCAGACUCUCGCCGACAUCAAGACCAUCGACGACCUUGUCGGCCCCGGUGCCAAGGCUGGUACCGUCCCUACGGAUUUGGAGCAGUCGACUGGUCUCGAGCGUCUCGAGAUUCUUGGUAAGAUGGAGGGCAUCGACAUUUUCAACAUGAAGCCCCUGGAUGCCCCCUACAAGGGUACCAUCGACAAGCCCGUGAUGGUCCGCUCCGCCGGUGAGGAGCAAUUUGUUGGAUGCACUGGCUUCCCCAAGGACUCGCACGAGGUCCUCUGGCUCGGCAUGGACAAGAAGCGCCCCGUCGAGCGCUGCCCCGAGUGCGGCAGCGUUUUCAAGAUGGAGUUUGUUGGCAAGGAGGACGACCAUCACCACGGCCACGACCACCACGCACAGGAGGACGUCAAGACUUUUGCCGACUACGUCCACCCCAAGUACUACUAA